GCCGGUAUUCUGUGCCAAUCGGACUGCUUCAGCUUCACAUCGGCAAAUCCCCGAGCUGUGGCUCGUUUCGUGUAUUCUUCUGGACUCGGAAGGCUUGCCAAGCAGUGGGGACCACGUCUCAUAUGACGUGGCAUAAUUUCGUUAGCGGUAUGAUUUGAGGUGAAAGCGCGGUCUCCUCGAUGAAAACUGACGGCCUUGCUCUCUUAUCUGGACCCGCCGUUGCCCGGAGGUGAGCCGCAGAGAGAGAGAGAGAGAGGCAGUGGUGGCGGCAGCGACGGUAGUGAAGGCAAAGCAAACACAGUCGUACUCUUGGCGCUUAUGAUGCAUUCGGCGGCGAUGGUUCUCUCGAUCCCUUCCAGCAGCAGCUGCUGCUGCCACUCGAACUGCCUCCUCUCUUGGCAACUUGCAAACACGAAACCGCUCCUUCACCUCUGUAGGAAGCCAUCGACGGCAGUCCGUGCAGAGCUGCAGACCUCGGAGCCGACGGCAGCGACCGCUUCAGCAUCUUCCUCUUCUAUUCCGACGCACCGCGUCACAGUUCAUGACCGUCAGCGGGGUGUCGUCCAUGAGUUCCUCGUCCCGGAGGACCAAUAUAUACUACACACCGCGGAGUCUCAGAACAUAUCCCUGCCCUUUGCUUGCAGGCAUGGUUGCUGCACCAGCUGUGCUGUUCGAGUAAAAUCUGGACAAAUCAGACAACCUGAGGCUCUCGGAAUAUCUGCAGAACUGAAAGCUAAGGGUUAUGCAUUACUAUGUGUGGGUUUCCCAUCUUCUGAUAUUGAAGUUGAAACACAAGAUGAGGAUGAGGUAUAUUGGCUCCAAUUCGGACGAUAUUUUGCUCGAGGGCCAAUUCAGGAAAGGGAUGACUAUGCACUGGAGCUAGCCAUGGGUGAUGAGUGAUCGAUACCUGAUAGACAAACUCAAACAAUCUAGCCUUCAAUCGAUCCUGAGCCGAUUUCUUUAUGACCUAACUAAUGUAUAUUGUACAAGUACUUGUAAGAGAGUAGGAUGUGUUUGUCAUCAGAUCCUUAUGGGGUUCCUUUAGGAACCAAGUUAUGGAACAGCGAGUAUGAUGAUCCAUCCAUCUCAUUCCUCUGCUAUCACAUUAAGAUAUAUGGGUUGUUGGCUGCACCUCGCACGCUUAAUAUUUCAUGUAUGGCAGAUAGAGGUGGAUUUAAGAACAACAUCAACAACUAGAUGAUCGGUAACACCUCAGAUUCUUUGGAUGA